GUGUGUGUGCGCUGAAUAACGCCCCGCCCAGAUUUGUGUUCCAAUGCCUCCGUUUCAGCACUCUCGAUUUGCUAUCCUUGAGCUGCCUGCUACAUUGACAACUUUCUGUGAUAUUGCGGAGAGUGGCUACGCGAGCAAGCAUCACAGCCUAUAGCCUGCUGCUACCCGGGGAGAGGCGAUGAUGGCGGCGGCCGUAGAGAGAGGAGGAGUGCGGGCCGCUUUCCUGAAUCCAGGCAGCGGCGGCGGGAUCGGUGGACCACCCCCGGCACCUAUGGCUACUGCUCCUGGAGCCGCGGUUGGAGCAGGAGGCAUGGGUUCGAAUUCGGGUGGGUCAGAUGGUCCCAUGCCCGUGCCUAUGAACCUUUUUGCAACGUGGGAAAUAGACCGUUCAUCUCCGAGUUGUGUUCCAAGAUUGUGCAGCCUGACCCUCAAGAAGCUGAUCGUCCUCAAAGAACUGGACCGAGAGCUUAGCUCUGUGGUGAUAGCUGUCAAAAUACAGGGGUCCAAGCGCAUCUUGAGGUCCAACGAGUAUGUCCUUCCCCCAGACGGACUGAUGGAGACUGACCUUGAGCUAACCUUCUCACUCCAGUAUCCCCACUUCCUCAAAAGGGACGCCAACCGAUUGCAGAUCAUGCUGCAGAGGAGGAAGCGAUAUAAAAACCGUACCAUCCUGGGGUAUAAGACCUUAGCUGUGGGCGUCAUAAAUAUGGCAGAGGUGAUGCAACACCCGACAGAUGGAGCCCAGAUCCUGGGUCUCCAUAGCAACGUGAAGGAGGUGCCGGUGCGUGCGGCCGAGCUCAGUGUGUAUUCCCUGUCCAGUCAGCCCAUUGACCAUGAGGACGGCAGCGGGCAGACAGGGACCAAGGCCAAAGCCUUAGAUCGCUCCCCGGAUAUGGAUAACUACUCCGAGGAUGACGACGACAGCUACUCUUCGGAGCAGGAAGCUAGCGACGAUGCUGUUCAACCAGUGGACCUGUACGACGAGGAUGAUGAUGUACAAAGGAAGCCAAAGAAAAACCGGAGGAAAAUGAUUCGAACAACAUCCAUGACAAGGCAACCCAAUUUCAAACAGAAGUUUGUGGCCCUGUUGAAGAGAUUCAAAGUGACGGAUGAGGUUCUGGACUCGGACCCAGUGGACCAGACCCAGGAGGUGGAGGAGGAUCUGGACCUGCUCUAUGAUAGUCUGGAGGUUUACAACCAGAGUGACAGCGGCCCUGAGAUGGAGGACAACGAGAGUGUCCUCAGCACGCCCAAACCCAAACUCAAGCCCUUCUUUGAGGGAAUGUCCCAUUCGAGCUCCCAGACUGAGAUUGGGAGUCUGCACAGUCAGAAGAGCCAGGCCAGGGACCUGGUCUGCAUCGGUGGAGAUCUGCUGACCCCGGACAGGGCCAAAGUCCUAAUAGGGACCAAGUAUACAGACGACAGCGCCGGAUUGGAGUCUCCUGCGGGGGACGCGGAGGAUGAGGAGACUAGGGCUGGCACAGGGCCAGGGGAGGCUAACCCCAACCCCACCCCCACCAGCUGGGACCUGAGCACGGACAAACUGCCCGGCCCAGUGGCCAAACUCUGCAAGACCGAGUCUCAGACACUCAUGUCGCCCAGUAAAACAGAGAACAAGCUGCAGAGGCGUCCUAGGAGCACGUCCAUGAAGGACCGGCAGAACUCCAAGGCCCAGAGUGACAGGACUAGCAGCAUUGACAGCGAGACAUCGCCGGAAUCCAGGAUCGCUGUCCAGGUUCCCAGGAAGUCAGUGUACGACCAGCUGAACCAGAUCCUUAUCUCUGACGAGCAGCUCCCAGAGAGCAUCAUCCUCAUCAACACCACAGACUGGCAGGGCCAGUAUCUAUCUGAGAUUCUCCAUGAGCACAGCCAGCCUAUCGUGUGCACCAUCUCUGGUGCGGAUGUCCAUGCAGCCUUCAACACCAUCGUCACCAGGAUCCAGAGAUUCUGUAACUGCAACGCCCAGACACCCCCCACCAUCAAAGUGGCGGUGGCCGGAGACCAGAGUUACCUCAGCACCAUCCUCAGGUGCUUCGUGGAGCAGCUGGCCAACAAGACGCCUGAUUGGCUCAGCUAUAUCCGCUUCCUGGUCAUCCCUGUCGGCACUCAUCCUCUGGCCAAACACAUGUCUUCGUUCGACAGCAAGUUCAACAACAUCUUCAUGGACGCCGGCUGGAGGGACUUGUUUGGCAGACUGGAGGCCCCAACAUCAGACAACAUUGAUGUGGCAGGCCGCGUGUCUCAGUACCUGGCUGGGGCCAGUGUCUCACACCAGUGUCCCAUCUCUGAGGCCAUGCUCACCUACAAACAGAAAAGGAAGAGAAGCUUGUAUUUUGAUUUUUACAUCAGCCCUGACGAGGACUCCUGUCAGAAGUUUGUGCCAUUUAUUGGGCUGGUGAAAGUGGGCAUCGUUGAGCACAACCUCUCGACCUCAAUGGACUCUGAUGAUGCUGUGAUGGGGAGCAUCAAUAUGCUGGCCUCCCCUCCCCCCCAGCCGGGACCAACCUACAUGAAGGACCUGACCUGCACCCCGCCCCCCUCCCCCUCCGUCUCAGCCACCCUCGCCGGAGCCGGUUCUCCGGUGACAGGCGGGGAGGUGAUGGGGCUCCAGGUGGACUACUGGACAUGUCACGGCGCCGACAAGAAAAAGGAGGGCGAGAAACGCGAUGUGGGCAUCAAGAAUACCCUGAAGAGCAACUUCCGCUCGCUGCAGGUGUCCCGCAUCCCCAACGGGGGCGAGCUGACACCCCCUCCCGGCAUGGCCAUGACCGUCGUCAUGAAGGAGAAGAACAAGAAAGUGAUAUUCCUGAGUAAAAAGCCCAAGGAAAAGGAGGUGGACUCCAAGAGCCAGGUGAUCGAGGGCAUCAGCAGGCUGAUCUGCACUGCCAAACACCAGCACACCAUGCUGAGAGUGUCCAUUGACGGCGUGGAGUGGAAUGAUGUCAAGUUUUUCCAGCUGGCUGCCCAGUGGCCCACUCACGUCAAGCACUUCCCUGUUGGCAUCUUCGGCUACACCAAGCCCGCCAUGUGACAUAUCACUGCCACCUAAACCCAAGUAUUGGUAGCUGCAGCCCAAUAUGGCAACCGGAGUAUGGGCGAGUGGGUGUGUCGAAAGGAGUGGGUGAUUGGAAAGAUAAUCAGCUAAUUGAGCAGAUUUGUUGCCACUCAAGACCGUUUUGCAUGGCUGAUACGAGUUGAUAAGCCGCCGACCAGUGCACCGGUUUUCUAUCGAGGUGCCUGCUGACCAGAGUUGCUUAUCACUGGGCAGCUGUGUCAAGUUGUCGCCAGCGGUAGCUAACGUGCCAAUUUUCUUCUUCUCUCCUAUGAUUUUAUUUCAAGUAGGAUAGAAGCCUACACAAGAAAUAACAUAUUGAUAACCAUCGAGAUUUCACAUUGAUACAUACAUACAGUCUACUCAAUGGGCAUGGCAUGAAGGGCAACAACACCUGGACACAGUGUCCUUGCUCUCGCUUUCCAAGUGCUUGUCCCGGCGUGGGAAGUAGCUAAUUAGUAGCCAAUAUCAGGGUGACCGUCACAGUGAGCACACGCAUACAAGCAAUAGUACACCCAUCAUCAGUACUUUUAAUAAAAAAUAAACAAUCGUCAGUUUUACAACUUAAAAUCUACAAUUAUUUGUGUUUAACUAACAGCGAAAUACGACUCAGACUCAUCCUCUGGACGAAUCCGACUCAAGUCCAAACUCUCGCAGUACGAUAGUUGUGUGGUAGGAACCGGACAAAAACUGCACGAUCAAAACCGUCUAACCUGUAACAGAGCGCUUUCGACACACCCACUCCUUUCCACACGCCCAUUACUUUCCUUUCGACACAUCCACUCACCUAUACGCCGGUCGACAAAUUGGGCUGCAGCUACCCCCUUCUCCUUAAACCCUGACCCCUGAACAGCCCUUAUCAUCUCCCAUAGAGAGAGACGGGCUGGUUUCCAUUCUGAAAAAUCACUCCCUUCCUUCUGUCCUUUAAAAUGAACCUCAUCUCCCAUAGAGAGACUGGAGCUGGUUUCAAUUCUGAAAAAAUAAUUCUGUUCCCUUUGAACAGUCCUCAUCUCCCAUAGAGAGAGACAGCUGGAAUACAUUCUGAAAAAUCACUCCCUUCCUUUCUGUCCUUUGAUAUUUACUAGGUAUUGAGGCUAUCAAUAUGGUAAUAGCUCCAUGAAGUGAAGAUUAUAGGUCCUUAUAUGCUGGUUCCCAAUGUUUCAAAAUGUAAUUAUUAGAAAUAGAUUUCUAAGUCUAAGUUUGAAAUGAAUCCAACUCCAACUUGUUCAGCUCCGUGGGCUCUCCAAGUUACCAAAGGUAGUGGGGAAGGCUGGGAGUAAUCCACCAGAUUGGAACCCAGCCACGGCUGCUCUGACUAAGCAAAAAACGUAAACAAACCCCCUAGUCCUUUUCCUGUGGAAACUGUCCAGUUACAAACCUGUGUUCCCAGUAUGAAAUGGAUGUUGUUGUCAACGUCAAAUGUUACUGUUUUAUACACCAGCAAAAAAAGAAGGAAAAAAACACGUUUUGUUAAAAAAUGUAUGCUGCCUUUUAAGUAUAAUAGUGUAUAUUGUGGUUAGACACUUAUAAUGGCCACCUGUAAUGGCAGCUUUGUUGGCACUUUGUUUUGUUACUAUAUUAUUAUUUCUGUGAAAUCCUAUGUGGGUAAAUGUCCUGUAUAUAAUGUAAGAGGAUUGAAGGGGUGUGUUGGUGUGUGUUCGCAGUGUGUGCCGGGAGGCCGUGUGUGUUACUGAUUUUUAGGGGAAAGGGUGGGAUGCUAAGAGAGGAAUUGCUGUGAAAUUUGCAGAGGAACCCCUCUUGCUAUGAAGAGACGUAUUUUGUUCUCUUUUUUCAUUGAGAAAAGUGACUUACUCAAGUUUUUGCUACACUACUUUCUAGCUAGUAUACUUGCCUUUUUGAUUUAGAAGCACAUUGUACGGAAAGAGAAUUGGGACAAUCAGUAACCAAGAAACUUGGCACUGUAUAACGAGAGACAUUCAUCAGAGAGUGGAAUGUAUCCUUAGGCGAGUUCAAUGCAAUGACUUCACUUGUGAAUUUGUGAAGAGGGCCCUAGGUGCAUGCAAGAAUUUCUGGACACAAACGUGUAUAGGAGAGAGAAGAGUGAGAGAAAGGGAGGGCAAGGAAACAAAUGUAUUGUUCCCAGUGCCCUACUCUAACACACCUGAUUAGUCUACUCUCUGCAAAGGGCUCAGGAGUGCAGUUUUCAGUAAUACCCUUCUCACAUUACUACUGAGUUGACCCAAGCCAAGCUGUACUGCGCUGGCCUGGUUAAGCAUCCACUAUAGUUGUUGGAACUGUGUUCAAAAUGACCAUGUGAAGGAAAAGAAAACACAGUUAAACACAGUACAGUUUGGCUUGGUACAGUAGUGUGAAAAGGGUAGAAGAAUUCCCCAGUUCUUAAACUAUUUACCAGUGACUUUGAAGUGGUGUUCUUUUUUCUAACUUUAUUCAUUCUGAAAGACAAGAAUCCCUUUAUAAAACUAACGUGCCGUAUUCAAGAAUGAACUAAUAGCUGUCCACCGUUCUCUGUUUUUAUACUUUCUUUAAAGAUAGACCCACUCAUAAUGUUGAGUCAAAAAGGGCCACAGGCUUAAUUGUUUUUUAGGGAAUUGCCAGGAUUUUAAUGUCAGCAAUGUUGUUGUAUUGUGUGUUCGUGUUUUUUUCAUGAGGUGUAUUUUCUCAUAGACCUAUGAGGGAAAUAACGUAAUGUCCCUCUUCAGUCGAGGCUAUACAGGACACCUGGAAGUCAAAGCUUCCUUCCUUAGUUAUUUCGCCUCUCUCCAUCUUUUGACCUUGUAUGUUUGUGACUUGACACGAAAAUGCAUUUCAUUUGGAUGAAAGUGUGUUUUGGAGAUUUUAAGUGUGUGUCUGUGUGUGCAUGCGCUCAGAAGAGGUACUGUGUAACCCCAUUUGUCAAUAUCAACCGUUUGAAAACUAUGGCUUCUCUUGCGAUUAGAUACUACAUGGAUAGUAUUACAUUUGAUGUAUUUUUUGUUCAUCUUCACCGUGGUAGCUGAGUAUUAACAACAGUGUAUGUUACCGUAUAUUUGACCGUUUCUUCAUGCAUUUCUGACGGUCAAGGUGUCUCAUGUUUUUGCCUCGGAAAGGGGGAAGUUCUUCGGUCAAUCCCACUCAUUUGACUGUACAGUGUUCCACUAUUUCAUGAUACAAAUGGACACUAUAUAUACAACAGUAUGUGGCCACCCCUUCAAAUUAGUGGAUUUGGCUAUUUCUGCCACACCCGUUGCUGACAGGUGUAUAAAAUCGAGCACACAGCCGAGCAAUCGCCAUAGUCAAACAUUGGCAGUAGAAUGGCCUUACUGAAGUACUCAGUGACUUUCAACGUGGCACUGUCAUAGGAUGCCACCUUUCCAACAAGUAAUUUCCUUACAUUUCUGCCCUGCUAGAGCUGCCCCGGUCAACUGCAUAUUGAUGCCAAUGAUUUUGGAAUGAGACGUUCGACGAGCAGGUGACCACAGACUUUUGGUCAUGUAGUGUAUCUAUACAUAACUGAAACAUAAAUAUGUUCCACUACUUCAUAAUACAUAUUUACAGUUGAAGUCGGAAGUUUACAUACACUUAGGUUGGAGUUAUUUAAAACUCGUUUUUCAACCACUCCACAAAUGUCUUGUGAACAAACUAUAGUUUUGGCAAGUCGGUUAGGACAUCUACUUUGUGCAUGACACAAGUCAUUUUUCCAACAAUUGUUUACAGACAGAUUAUUUCACUUAUAAUUCACUGUAUCACAAUUCCAGUGGGUCAGAAGUUUACAUACACUAAGUGCCUUUAAACAGCUUGGAAGAUUCCAGAGAAUUAUGUCAUGGCUUUAGAAGCUUCUGAUAGGCUAAUUGACAUAAUUUUAGUAAAUUGGAGGUGUACCUGUGGAUGUAUUUCAAGGCCUACCUUCAAACUCGCUUGACAUAAUGGGAAAAUCAAAAGAAAUCAGCCAAGACCUCAGAAAAAAUUGUAGACCUCCACAAGUCUAGUUCAUCCUUGGGAGCAAUUUCCAAAUGCCUGAAGGUACCACGUUCAUCUUUACAAACAAUAGUACGCUAGAAUAAACACGAUGCGACCAUACAGUCGUCAUACCGCUCAGGAAGGAGACGAGUUCUGUCUCCUAGAGAUGAACAUACUUUGGUGCGAAAAGUGCAAAUCAAUUGCAGAACAACAGCAAAGGACCUUGUGAAGAUGCUGGAGGAAACAGGUACAAAAGUAUCUAUAUCCACAGUAAAACAAGUCCUAUAUCGACAAGGGAGAAGCCACUGCUCCAAAACCACCAUAAAAAAAGACAGACUACAGUUUGCAACUGCAUGUGGGGACAAAGAUCGUACUUUUUGGAGAAAUGUCCUCUGGUCUGAUGAAACAAAAAUAUAAUACAAAAUAUGUUUGGCCAUAAUGACCAUUGUUAUGUUUGGAGGAAAAAGGGGGAGGCUUGCAAGCCAAAGAACACCAUCCCAACCGUGAAGCACAGGGGUGGCAGCAUCAUGUUGAAGUGGUGCUUUGCUUCAGGAGGGACUGGUGCACGUCACAAAAUAGAUGGCAUCAUGAAGAAGGUAAAUGAUGUUGAUAUAUUGAAACAACAUCUCAAGUUAUCAGUCAGGAAGUUAAAGCUUGGUCGCAAAUGGGUCUUCCAAAUGGACAAUGACCCAAAGCAUACUUCCAAAGUUGUGGCAAAAUGGCUUAAGGACAACAAAGUCAAAGUAUUGGAGUGGCCAUCACAAAGCCCUGAUCUCAAUCCUAUAGAAAAUUUGUGGGCAGAACUGAAAAAGCGUGUGCGAGCAAGGAGGCCUACAAACCUGACUCAGUUACACCAGCUCUGUCAGGAGGAAUGGGCCAAAAUUCACCCAACUUAUUGUGGGAAGCUUGUGGAAGGCUACCUGAAACGUUUGACCUAAGUUAAACAAUUUAAAGGCAAUGCUACCAAAUACUAAUUGAGUGUAUGUAAACUUCUGACCCACUGGGACUGUGAUGAAAGAAUAAAAGUUUCUCUCUUUUAUUAUUCUGACAUUUCACAUCCUUAAAAUAAAGUGGUGAUCCUGACUGACCUAAGACAGGGAAUUUUUACUCGGAUUAAAUGUCAGGUAUUGUGAAACUGAGUUUAAAUGUAUUUGGCUAAGGUGGAUGUAAACAUCCCGAAUUCAACUGUAUAUUAUAGCACUACUUUUGGGAAGUCAAGCGGCACCAAGUAAUACCAAGAAAAACUGGACAGUCAAAUAACUCCAACAUUGAGCUUUACAGCUCUUUUAAGUAUAGUUAAAGUUUGCAGAUGUUUUUGCACAAACAUUAUUUUAAAUGAUGUGACAGACAGUAUUCUUUCUUUUUUAAAUGAACCACUAAAGAAUACAAGGUAAAAGCUCUUGUUUUUAUGAUGUCAGUAUGUCCUUUUUUCAUAUCAGUUUUAGUUUAUUGCAAUAUUUUUUGUUUUAUUUCCAUCUUAAUAAAGAGUAAGUUUUUGUAUGGCCAUUUUAUGAUUCUAACCCUUUUUAAGAAAAGAGUUGAGCUCUUUUGUAAAAAUAAAAAAAUAUGUUUGGAAAUUGGGUUUUGAAGUGUUGUGAGUGAAAACAGGCUAUUAAAGGAGUGUUGAGAGAA